UCAGCCUUUCUCUUUCCUUCAUUUUCACGUCUUCUUCUUCUUCUUCCUCUCUCUCUUUCUGGUUUUUUCAACAAUUAUGUCUACAGAUCUUGGAUUACUCCAUGACUUGGCUAAAGCAAAAUUACCCAAACUCAACAUUCAAUCUUCCGAUCAAACUGGACUCGAAAUUCAGCAAGAAAACAAUAGCAACAACACUGCCAGCGAGUGUUCAACGCCCACAUCGGAAGAAAACAAGAUUCCGGCGGUUUUUUCAUGUCCGGGAGCACCUAGGAAACAUAGGAAAACAUAUGUGUCGUGUAAACGGAAGCUGUCUGAAUUCCAGUUCUUCGAUAUCCUUAACAGAGAUGAAGUCGAUGCGUUUUUCGAAUCUGGUUUCCAUGAUCCCGUCUCUAAAAGAAGGUGCCCACGUACAUGAAUUUAUUUUAUAUAUAUUUUGUUUAUUUUUGGGUUUUUUACAUGUAUUUUUUUUUAAUUUCUUUUUGUAUGUAUUGAAUUGAAAUUACACGCGAAUCUAUCGCUUGAUUUAAAAAAAGUUCAUAUAAGUCUGUAAUAUUCAGACAACUUUUUGUUCGGUUUGGUUUUAUGGAUCCGAUCUAGACA